CCGGCAUGUUCCUUUGCUGCCGUCCGUGGCUGCGUCACGAUGAGACUGAGGUCACAUUUGUUGGCCCACUUGUGUAAGCAGUAACUAAAACUCGAAUCCCCCCCACACGUUUCCAACUACCCUGCGCACGAUCAAAAACCUUCUGAUCAAUCCGCAUGACGACCACCUAGGCAUACCACCAGUGCCGAACGUCCAACUGCGAGCUUGGACGAACUAGUAUUAUUUGGGCCUUCGACUAUUAUACCCGAAACCUUGGAACAGGCCUUGGGAUGGUCCAUCAGCCAACCCACUGGGCCGAGCGCAAGGCAGCCCGCACGGCAUGGACGACCAUGCCGGGGCUGUACAGGGGCCACUGGGAGUUCGAGCUGUUCCCCUAUGGACCCAAGCCGGGCGAUUUUGACAGGUACGGCCAGUACCUUUGGUUCUACGGCGGGUGGUACAUCAUCUGGCUCAGCACCGUCGCGGCCGCUGUGCUCGUUGUCCUCGACCUGGUCCUCUACGCCCACCCGGAUCCGGCGCGGGAGGAGCCUGACUUCAGGUGCUUGGUGCUGAGUGUGGUACCGGCUGCCGUCGUUCUCGUGUGGAUGUCUGUAGAUGGCUCUCUGAGAAAAAGGACGUGGCCAAAGGGGAGGCUCGGUGUUGAAGGUGUGGUAGUCACCGGCACGGUCGUUUGUCUCGGCCUGCUUGGAGCACUGGCUGCGGUUAAAAGCAGUCAAGGUGAUUCCUUUGCCGACUGGUACGCUGGAUUGUCUGGGGUUUUGGGCGCCUUGUUACUCUUGCGGCUCCUGCGACUUUGCGAGCUUGGUUACGCACUUCGUCAUCCCGAAUAAUUCCAUUGUCCGUUGCAGAAUUGAAUACCUGAAGCCAGAUCUCUUCCCUCCCCUUGACCAUCAUCCGUGACCAUCCUCCUUGCAUAUCCUUCAUGAUCAUCCCCUGUGACCACCCUCCUCGAACACCCUCCUUUCCACCUAUCCGCGUGGGAGUCAACCACGACGCCCCGAUUCUUCCCUGCGCCGUCACCAACUUUUGUGGUCCCCUUCCAAGAGACAAGUAUGUUGAAUACUAGACGGUAUGUUGAAUACCAGAGGGUGGGUUGAAGAUUUGGGUGGAUAUCGGAAUAUCCGAGAGGACCCGAGAGCAUGUUGAACAUCUCAGGGUACUCAAGAGUAUGGAUCACGCCCGCUCAGGGCAGCCGAAUCAGCAUGAUUACUCAAUUGAUAGCAGGUGUUCAGCUGGUCGGGGCUCGCGAGCUCGUAGUCUUGCAACUACCGAGCUCGAGGCCGACCGAUAGAACUCAAUCUGCUAUGCACUCGAGCCGCCCGCCCGGGCAGGCGGGGGCGAGUGACUGACAACAGUGGGUGUGGGCAUUUGCCGUGCCUCCGGGAAACUCGACAUUCGAGGUCCGGUGGGCACCCCUCGGGCAAGACCGCUUCAGCAGCGGUAAGCACCUAGGCACGAUAUACAGUGGUCUCAGCUAGAUCGUCCCCCGCCGGUCAAGGCGGGGGCCGAAAUAGAGAGAAGUUUCAUACAGUGAUUUGCUGUUCGGGGGCCAGGCCGUCGCUGGCGACGCCCCCUGCCGGCGGGCAUGUCCCCCCCGGGUUUUACACCGAGGAGGAGAUCCAGUUUCGCAUGAUGGAGUUGGAUGGAGCCCAUCGAUGCUGGAUCUUCUUCAUUUCAAGUCGUCGUUGUUUCUUGGCUUCUUCGUCCUGUUCGCGCUUGACCUUCACCUCCUUGACUACAAUCACGUCGUCGACCUGUACCACGUCAGCAUGGGUCACAUGGUCAGCAUGGGUCACCUCCUCGGCUUUGAUCACCUGGGCCCUGGUCACUCUGGCUUCGAUCACGUCCUCAACUUUGGCCUUCGCGGCUUUGAGCGCCUGGGCUCUGGUUACUCUGCCUUCGGUCACCUCAACUUUGGCCUUCUUCUCGGAUUUGAUCGCCUGGGCUCUGGGCACUUUGGCUUCGAUCACUCCUCGACCUUGGCCUUCUUCUCUUGAUGGCGUCCAUGCUUGAUGUCAUCGUCAUCCUCGGACAUAGCCCUCUUCUUGAUCACGACGCCACCACCUUGGGGUGCGACGAAAGGUGGUGUGCUCGCGGAUUGGGCAUUGGGAACGGGGUGGGGGUGUUGUUGUUGUGCAGGGCAUUGCUGUUGUGGAGGGGCGACUGGCGGCCGCGCCGAGUACACGUGAGGCGCGUAUGCGUGGUUGGCCCAGCCAUCUCGGAGCGCUGAUUCAUUCUGCACACUUCGCGAUGAGAAGUUCUGCAGAAAGCACCUCAGAAUGGGAUCCUUCUUAGCCUCCUUGACCGGAAUAGUCUUGUCCUGGUAAGGAUCGAGCGUGUAGGCCUUGAAGGCUGCGAAAUUGGACCAUGGUAGGCGAGUUGUAUCUCUACCCAGACGGCAAGCGUCGAGCAGGUCAACGAUGUUGACAAGGGUCGACUUCAGGAUGCCCUCACAUUCAGCCUUGGUUUUGCCGGGGUUCUUGCCGACAGCUCGGCACAUGGACUGGAAGCCGAGGAGCUCUAGGGCUGCCUCCUGGCGUUGUGGGUCAAACUCAGAGACGCUCUCCAAGGCUGCAUGCUCGUGUUGCUCCUUUUUGAUGGUGGAGGCUCCCUGGCCCUCCUCUUCCUUGACCACAGGCAACUGGACAGACUGAGAGGCGAAGAAGUGUGUUUCUAUCUCAUUCCGAAGGGCGGAGGCGCGCUGCUUGUGGUACUGCCAGGUGCCACGUUCCCAGCCCUGGGACCGCGAAAGGCGGGCCCACUCGUCGCUAAAAGAGGCCUUUUGGUCGGGCACGAAGUCUUCAGAUUUGAACAGGGAGAAGUGGCCGCCCCCGCCGUAGACGGCACAGAACUCUUGGGCGGCGGCGAGGGUGGGGAAUUUCUUGUAUCUGGCGUCGGAGAAGCCGUCCACCUGCUCGCGACAGUCGUCCCAAUUGUGGUAUAUGCCUGGCUGGCGGCCCCUUGCAACGGCGUAGAAGGGCCCCCUCGCACUGGAGGCCGAGGACGCUGAGCCGUGGUUGACAGGUUGGUCAAAGGUGGCUGGCGGGGGAGUGGGCGAGGCGGAAGACUCGGUCUUGAGAUUGUUCAGGUAUAUACCGCCCUGGGCGAGCCAUUCGAUGGCUUCCCGUUCGUGUGUGAAGCCUCGGAACCUGGCGCGUGAGUAACCCAUGACCUGUUUCGCGCAGGCCGGCCAGCUGUAGUACAGGCCAGGGCGCACGCCCGCGCGCACUGCGUAGCAGCUAUAGUUGUUUCCUUUGGCCAUUUUGUUGACUUGUGUGGGCCAGAGGUCGUGGCACAGGACCGUGACCAGCAAGUACGAAACGGGUGAGGUCUUAUGAGGUGUCGAG